UUUAAGAUAUUUUAACUCGAAAAUAUAUUUCUCAAUUUUUAAUUAUAAUAGCAUAAAUAUUUGCAAGCUAAUUUAAAAAUUAAUUUGUUAUUUAUUCUUAUUUGACAACGUUGGUAACCAUGACCUUCAUGGCAACAUAAAACAACAUAACAACGAUCAUGGUUAUAAAAAUUGUAUAUAUAUAUAUAUAUAUAUAUAAAUAUCUUGUGUGAUGUGUCAAUUAUUUUAAAAAAUAAAUAAAAAUUAUCCUGACAAUAUUAAAAGGUUAUGAAAUGCCAAAAUAUUAUUGUGACUAUUGUGACACAUAUUUGACACACGAUUCACCAAGUGUAAGAAAAACACAUUGUCAAGGACGAAAACAUAAGGAUAAUGUAAAAUAUUUCUAUCAAAAAUGGAUGGAGGAACAAGCACAACAACUUAUUGAUGCAACAACAGCAGCAUUUAAAGCUGGAAAAAUUGCUUCAAAUCCAUUUGCAACAAAUAAAGGUGUUGCAAUACCACCACCUCCAAAUCUUGUACCAAGACCUGGACCUGGUGUUGUUCCACAACAAGGUCCACCAAUGAUGCCACCGCCAGGAAUACAUCAUCAUCAUCAUCCUGGACCACCGAUGAUGAUGGGUCCAAUGCCACCAAUGAUGGGAAGACCACCAAUGAUGCCACCCAUGGGACCAAUUGGUCACAUGAUGGGCCCAAUGGGACACAUGAGACCAUCACCAAUGACUGCCCCAAUGCCUAUGAAAAAAUAAAGUCUAUAGUCUAUUAUUAUUUAAAUAAUUCGAAUGUAAAAAGUAAUUGUAAAUGUUGUACGUUUAUGUUCUUAUAUUCUUAUAGUCGCAUAUCAUGUGGGUAUUUAUUAAUAAAUGUAUUUUUUAAUGAA